GAGGAGAGAGCAAGGAGGGCGCGGCUGUCCCGUGCCAGUGCCGCGGCUCCUGCUUUCCCUCCCCGUGUCUGCACUGCCCCAUCAUGCUUGGAGACCACAGCAGUCUCCCCACAGACCGAGCUCUGCUCAGCCAGCCCCCCAAAACUGGACUCAGCUGCAAAAUGGUGCUUCAGGCAGUCGGCAAAGUGCUCAGGAAGUCUAAAGCAAAGCCCAAUGGAAAGAAACCUGCCGCGGAGGAGAAGAAGAUGUACCUGGAGCCGGAGUACGCCAAGUCCAGAAUCACUGACGUUGGGUUCAAGGAGCUGGUGGUGCUGCCCCGGGAGAUCGACCUCAACGAGUGGCUGGCCAGCAACACCACCACGUUUUUCCACCACGUCAACCUGCAGUACAGCACCAUCUCUGAGUUUUGCACAGGAGAGGCAUGCCAGACGAUGGCCGUGUGCAACACACAGUACUACUGGUACGAUGAGCGGGGGAAGAAGGUCAAGUGCACCGCUCCCCAGUACGUCGACUUUGUCAUGAGCUCUGUGCAGAAGCUGGUGACUGAUGAGGACGUGUUCCCCACGAAAUACGGCAGGGAAUUCCCCAGCUCCUUCGAGUCUCUGGUGAAGAAGAUCUGCAAGUACCUGUUCCACGUGCUGGCGCACAUCUACUGGUCCCACUUCAAGGAGACUCUGGCCCUCGAGCUGCACGGACACUUGAACACACUCUACGUCCACUUCAUCCUCUUUGCCAGGGAGUUCAACCUGCUCGACCCCAAAGACACCGCCGUCAUGGACGACCUCACGGAGGUGCUGUGCAGCGGCGGCGGCGGUGUCUAG